AGUUGCCGGCGGCGCUUGGGGUGGUUUGGUCGCACGCGCAAGUCGCCGAUGCCGAUCGGUGUUGCGUUUGGGCAAAUCGCGAAACGCUUCUACUUGGCCUGAACUUGGCUUCCUAGUCGGCGAUCUGCUCGGGCGGGAAAAAUGAACACCAGUGAGCCGAUUUAUGCCGAUUAUUCGGCGGAAAACCUAACCCGCGACGCCAUGAUGGAAUGCACCAAUCAGAAGCAGCUGCCCUCGGUACAAGAAUAUCUUGAUGGCAUCAACAUCCCGCUCGCUUCAAUCAUCGCAGCGACGGUUGUGCUGGCCAUUGCAACGUUCAGUAUUUUCUUCAAAAAUGCAUAUCAUAUCCUGCACCAGACGCCGAAACAGUUUAAAAGUAAAUCUAUACUGCUUCUAGCGAUUUAUCCGCUGAUAGCCCUGUUUUCCGUCGUGUCCAUCAGCGUACCAUCGUCGUUUUUCCUUUGCGAUACGGUAAUGCACAUCUACUUUAUGAUUUGUGCCUACGUGCUGUUCAGCCUUUGCAUGCAGUACGUCGACGGUGAGGAUGCCCUUAUCAAAUCGACCGAUUCGCAAUCGUUUUCCAUGCGCACGCCACCAUUAUGUUGCAUUAUCCCGCUGCUCAAACGAACUUCCAUUUCGAAAAAUCGAUUGUUGUUUAUACGAAUACUGAUCAUGCAACUGCCGAUUGUUCAAUCUGCUCUCUUUCUGGCACUUAAUGUUGUGUUCGUUGAAGACCAUGACAAUUUCAACCGAAUCAUCCUCUUCUUUGUUCCAUGGAUAGUCACCUCCAUUUUGCUCGGUGUCUGGGGAUUGAAUAUUCUCGUGCGAAUGAUUGCUCCAUUGUAUUCGGAUUUAAAUUUGAUGGGCAAGUACUUCGUCCUGCAAGCCGUGUUGAUAUUGUGUCGGAUACAACCUCUCUUUAUUACUGCCAUCGUAAGCAGCAGUGUCGCCGAUUGCAGCUUUCCCAUGACACUGCAGGUGCAGAAAAAUGCCAUUUUUCAGCUGUGCCUAUCCUUUGAAAUGAUGGUACUGUCCUGCUGGGCUUCGAAACUUUACCAAACCCCUUCGAAUGCCGUUCAAGCGUAGAGACCUUCGCCCAUGGUACCUUGCUGCAGAGAAUUGACACUCA